GAGAGUGACGGGCUCGUGAGCGUAGGUCAUGGAGCGGGUGGCGCGACUGUGGCGCUUUCUCGCUUUGGGACGUGGCCGUGUCUCGGGGCCUCGGCUCCCGACCAGCGCUGCGGGCGGCCGCGGCCUGGGCGGCCUCGGGCGACGCCGCGGCUCCCAGGUGAUUGGAAACCAAGGAACUGUCAAACGAGGCCUUUUAUUUUCAGCUCUGUCUUAUUUGGGUUUUGAAACCUACCAGGUCAUUUCUCAGGCUGCUGUGGUUCACGCUGCAGUCAAAGCUGACUGGUUUCAUAUUUUACUCCAAAUUAGUGAUGAUGCAGAGUUACUGUGGCGUUUGGCACGGGCAUCACGUGACAUAGCCCAGCUUAGCGGAACCUCAGAAGAAGAGAAAAAACGAUUGGUGUAUGAAGCCCUAGAAUAUGCAAAACGGGCGCUUGAAAAAAAUGAAUCAAAUUUUGCAGCUCAUAAGUGGUAUGCAAUCUGUAUUAGUGAUGUCGGAGAUUAUGAAGGCAUCAAGGUUAAAAUUGCAAAUGCCUACGUCAUCAAGGAACAUUUUCAGAAAGCAAUUGAACUGAACCCUAAAGAUGCUACUUCAAUUCACCUUAUGGGUAUUUGGUGUUUCACAUUUGCAGAGAUGCCUUGGUAUCAAAGAAACAUUGCUAAAAUGCUGUUUGCAACUCCUCCUAGUUCCACCUAUGAGGAGGCCUUACACUAUUUUCACAAGGCAGAACAAGUGGAUCCCAACUUCUACAGCAAAAACUUGCUGCUGUUAGGGAAGACCUAUUUGAAAUUACAGAACAAAAAACUUGCUGCUUUCUGGCUGAUGAAAGCCAAAGACUAUCCAGCACACACAGAAGAUGACAAACAGAUACAGACCGAAGCUGCUCAGUUGCUUACAAGUUUCAGCGACAAGAAUUGAGAACUUUUUCAAAGACAGCACAUGACUACCUAACAUCGCCUUUUCCUCAAUUUAUAAAUACAUUUACCAUA